AUGAAAGAACCAACCAGUGGGAAAAGUCUGGCGUCAACAGUGCUGACAGCCAAGGCACUGGACUUGUCUCCACAACUGUGGAAAAAAGAACCAAAAGUUAAAGUUAAGCGUGUUGAUUCCCUGUUUCUGAUCUCAUAUUCGGAUGCAGCGUCAUCGCGACUACCGAUAGUACUGCCGACACUCCAGGAAUUCCACGUCUCGCUGUACAUCGAUAUUCCUACAAUAGAUUACUACAACGACCAGCUUACUCAUAAUCGACUCUCAAAGAUAAACAAGAAGUUCAAGAUCCACAAACUCAGAGAACAAAUUCUGGCCAGCGUCACGAACUUCGAAGAUUCGGCGUGGGAUUCUAUUUUGAAACAAGGCUCGCCAAAAUGGCCCAUUAAAAUAACCUUUUCCGUGUCCUCCAGUGGAGCUCUCAGGUACGUCGAGACCAUCAAGUUUCUGGUAGAAUCGUGCUGGCACCGAAUUUUGGAGCAUACAGGUGAUUCUAACUCUGUGCAUGCGGUCUUCAAGAUCCAGGUGUCCCCGACAUCACUGAUCUGGUUCAAAACAUUUCUUGACAAGGACCUUUUAGACCGCGCAGUUGUUCAGUUCGAAGUCAUUGGCAAUUACAAUAUGAUCACCUCGUCCACGACCCCUUUCAAAGAAUACUAUUCCAUGCUUAGCGACAAGUUCACAACAAAGGCCUCCGUGGACUCUCCGGGUGGCAACCCCCCUGCAGAUGUCAAAACUUUGGACUCAAUUAUAGUAGUUACCAACAGUACGGGGGUUAAAGCUCUCUUGACAAUUUUGUCUGACAGACCACUGACCAGUUACCUUUCGAAGGAUUCUUUAGAAGCUUUGCAUAGUAAUGCACUGCAGAAAAAGCCUUCCAAAGCCGAAGUGGUUGAGCAAACUGACAGCGAUGAUGAUGACACUCCUUUGAAAAGAGAUUCGUCGUCUUUAUUGAAUUUUCAAGAAUCAUUGAUCACCUCCAACAAGGAUAAGUCUGUCAAAGUAAGAAGCAUUCCGUAUAGCAGGUCAAGCUCGCGUACUGGAAGGUCCAGUACUCCGAAUACGUUCCAAGUUGGGACAGAUAACUUCAGCACGGACGAAGACACCAAAGGGUCAGAUCUGCAGCAGUUCGAAAAUGAAGAAGAUUCUGACGAUGAGGACGACGAAGACGAGGACGACGAAGAUGGUUUAAGCUUUUCGGUGCCGAGCAGACUUUCACGUUGCGGUUCAGAAACCGAUUUUGCAGGAUCUAAGUCGCCCGAGGCUGAUACUACUGCGCGUAGGUUUCGUUCUCUUAGCUUAAUGGAUCCAGCUCUACAAGCUCCGUUUGCACAAGAUGUGUCUCAACAACGAGAGGCUGGUCGUAGAGAGCCCCCGACGAUGGAGAAUAUUGAGGAUGAGAUGUGUUCGCCGAAUGCCAACCGACUAAAAUGCUGUACUAAUAUUUACGUUCACGAUGGGCAGUUUGGUGAGAAGCCAAUUUCAACAGCACCACGGAGAGCUAGACGUAUACCCCGCACAAAGUCAGCGAACAACGUAAGUGUCGGACUGAUUCCACCUGAGUUCUUUUCACGCCUUUCGUCGCCUUCCUCGAGUAAUAGCAGCUCAAACACUUCGCUCAGUAAUUUGAACAUUCUUCCAGGCACCUUUUCGAAACUGCUAAGCGCUUCUGGAGAGACUUAUAGUGCGGAAGAAGAAGAGCCAUUUUCGUUUAAAAAAGGCAUGGUUGAAAAAUCAUCACAAAGCGGAAAACCAGACCGGUCUUUCGCUUUUGCUGGGAAUUCCUUGAUGCCACAAGACAUGAACAGGUUUUCUCUAAACUUCAAAAGCAACAAAGCAAUUCCUGUGAGCGCCAAGGCUUUGGAUGACGAGGAUCGAAUGAUGUUCGGGUCAGGAAGCAUUAAUGAGCAAACAUCAGAUGAGGAGUCUAAGUCUAACACUGAUUCCAUAUCAACGUUAAUCGAUAAUGGCGUUCAAAACGCGGCUGCAUCAGAAUCGCCUAGUUUAAAAUCAUUCAAUUUGCAAAUCUACGCAGAUGAUGAAUCAAAAGCGAAGCCGAAAUCACAAUCCAACUCAAUAAAGCCAUCAGGACCUGCCAAGCCAACCUAUAAGAAGCCUAAAUUUACACUAGACUUGUAUGGGGACGAUGAAAUGCAGUCUAAUGGAGGAUGGCUUCUCGGAGGUAACGCCAAGUGA